AUGCUCGUUUGGAUAAGCGGUUCCCCUACUCCUCAGGAAAUGAGAGAUCGUAUAACAGAGUUUGAACUAGGUAACUGGCCCUCAGGCAUAGAAGAGUUAGUCAAUUACGUCGAAGGCUGUCACCAAGGGCACCUAUACGGAGGGCCAAUGUUAGACGCGGAGGCCCGACAAGAAAGAAAACGCGCUCAACCUGGAUACAAAGAUCCGACGUACACCGUCUUCCCCCGUCCGCCCGUAAAUUACUGCACGUGUGGCGAUGCAGGUUGCAAAGUUUGUAAGAAGAGCAGACAAUGGGAUGUUCACUUUGAGGAGUAUGUCGACGACGUCUUACUACGAUCUAACGUGCACAAGUGUAGUACAAAAUGCAAAGCGAGGAUGCCGCGAGAAGUACGAGAGGAAUCCGGAGUGGAUAUGGACACUGGCGCGCUCCGGUUCAAACAUCUCGAACCGUAUAUGAACGACGUCUCCCCACUCAUAAGCUACGUCCUCGGCUGUAACCAUGACUGUACGGGACUUAUGUCGGGCAGUGCGGUAAACCACAUCGUUUACUACAUAACAGAAUAUAUUACGAAGAUGGGCCCGCCUACACACGUGAUUUUUGAGGCUAUAAAAGCCGCAUUCGACAGAAACUCUGAACAUCUGUCGUCCAACGCAGACAGUAAAGAAAAGGCGCGGAAGUUGCUUACGAGGAUGGUGAACAUAUUAAGUACUAAGAUGGAACUCGGAUCUCCCUUUAUAUGCGCGCAUUUACUCGGCAAUCCUGAUCACUAUUCGUCGCAUCACUUCAAACCGUUCUAUUGGCAUUCUUAUUACAUGGAGGUACGAAAGUACUGGCAGGGCGCAGACGUUGCCGAAUAUGACGACAACGUGAUUGUUCUGCGUAGGAAAGGACACGUCAUUGGUGUGAAUGAUGUCCAGAACUAUGUUUACAGGCCUGAAGAGCUCGAGCAUAUGAGUUUGUACGACUUCAUGAGACGGUGCAAACGAGUACCUCUUCCUAAAAACAAGGAAGACGUAAACGACAACGACUCGGAUGAAGCCGCCUGCACUCAAACCUCGACCGACAUUUUGGAUGACAUUGACGAGGUUGUUGAUGACCUCGGCGGCAUGAGCGAUGACGAACGGUGCGAUACUGCCGAUAGCGGUCGAGCUCUUCCCACGAGGAUGCAUGCAUUCGUGAAAGGGCAUCCGCUGGCGAGUACACAUUGCAUUUGGAUGAACGACAAAGACGACCCUUCGCUGGUACUGAACAUGAUGAGACCACUGCCGCGGAAUGACAAAGGCGAUAGGGAUUACUACACAACGACCAUGCUGACUCUUUUCAAACCGUGGAGGACAGGGGCGGACCUAAAACAACCCGAGCAACCAUGGGAAGAUGCCUACGCUGCUUUCCCAUUUUCCGAUCGUCAGCGAGAGUUGAUGAAAUUUUUCAACUUGCGGUGGGAUUGCUUGGACGCUCGCGACGACUUCCAAAUGAGGAGUAAAUCGGAAGAAACGACAGGAUCGUCGUACGCAAGAUUCGUACCAGAUGACUACGAGGUCGCUGAGGACGAGAAUCAUAUAGAAUUGGCGUUUCCUUCCAGCGACGAUAUUCUCACGAACAAGGCGUACAAGACAAAGAAGGAAACAUACGACGACAUCCAGGACUACAUGAAACAUCAUAGAUGGACUGAUGCUUUAAACCAAAAGAUAGACGUCACUGAAUGGACCAUAUCCAUACGCAAGACGUUCUCGGAGUGGAAAAAUAUUGUGGGAAACAUGAGACGGUACGCUCUAGAGAAAGCGAAAGCCGACAAAAGAAGCGCGGAAGUGAACGUUCCCAUUGGUGCACGGAGCCACGCGGGCGUCGACGUAGUGAACAAAGCGUAUUUAACUCGCAGUUUCGUAGCACCGGACCGUGUAAACUUGAUAGAGAACAUAGCGCGACAGUACAAUUUAAACGAAGACCAAGAGAGAGCAUUCCGAAUGGUAUCAACGACAAGAAGGUAA